CUACACGUCUGAAGGCUCACCAGCACUCUCUCCGUCCAUUGUCGGUCUCAUCUCCGACGGGCCCCUCCCACUCUCCCUUAUCCCAUCAAGCCACACGUUGCACGCUCAUUCAUCGCAUGAAUAUCUGAUUUCAUCGCAAGCUGGGGUCAGCCGCCCGCCCGGCCGAAACAACCACCGACAUGAUCAUCGGGCCCGUCUCUCUCAUAGACUGUCUCGUCUUCUGCAUCUUCUUGACGCCGCAGUUGUUAUGGCAUGUCGGCUUCUUCCGCACCGCCUUUGCGGUGCUGCCCAUGCUUCCCUUUCUCCGUACGUACUUCGUAUACGCCUGGGGCACGCGGCAGCCGUUGACUCAUCGCGGAUGCACAUCCCGGUGGACGAUUGCUUACGUCGAGGCUUUCCCGCGAAUACAGUUGUCGAGCUUCCGUAUCACUUCGUCAGGGACCGGUACUGGGCGUCUCCAGCCGACAGCCCGUCGUUCGUUCAGCGCUCUACGGUGUUUGAAGAUGUCGUCAUCCGCUGCGUGCGGUACGCGUUCAAGAACUUGCCCGCCAACAUUGGCAAGGUCUUCUUCUCCAGGAAUGUCGCCUUGCCGUUUUUGCGUUGGCGCGCGCUGAGGCACGGGCACCUGAAAUGGCCUGUGUUCUGGCGGGAACAGUCCCUUGGAAAGGGCGAUAAGGCCACCAAAGGUGUAUGGAUAAUGCACGACCCCCAAAAGGCACCCGACUUUGUUGUCUAUUACGUCCACGGAGGUGGCUUUGCUCUCGGCUCUUGCUACUUUUAUCUUGAAUUUCUUAUGGCCUGGCACCAUAUGCUUGUAGACGACGGGUACAAGAACCCCGCCAUCUUCGCACUUGACUACACGCUGGUGCCAGACGACAUCUAUCCAACGCAGGUGCAGCAAACGCUGGAGGGCUACAGUCAUGCAUUGAGCGUGGUCAAGGAUCCAUCAAAGGUCUGUGUUGCCGGGGACUCGGCUGGUGGCACGCUCGUUCUCAGCCUGCUGCAAGUGUUGGGAGGCCGCGCAAGUGAUGGGCGGCGCGAGGGGCCGAAGCUCGGCAUCGACGGCGGUUUGUCGGAGCCAUCGUCCUCAUCACUCCCUACACCCCUGGCCGCCGUGCUGAUAUCGCCGUGGGUUACGCUCACGUCGAACCGCCACUAUCCGUCAAAGGUGGACUUUCUAGACAGGCGCACUCUCUGGAAAUACGCACGCGAAUACGCUGGCGGCGCAUUGCUCAACGAGGCACCGGCGUCUCCUGGGUCGUGCAGCGAUGAAGAGCUGUGGCGCCGGGCGAGCCCACAACGAGGGUACUUUGUUGUCUACGGAAGCGAGGAGGUCUUUGCGCCGGAUGCUGAAGAUUUCUUGGAGCUGCAAGCAACGCUGGGCCUUGAGGUGGACGGCGUGCGGUUUGAUGGCGGGAUCCACGCCUGGCCGGUGGUGUCGCUCUUCCUGUCGAGCACGGCGGACAGGCGACUCGAAGGACUGCGGUCUAUCGUAUCGCAAAUUAGCAAACGAGUGCGACAGCCGCAGGCAAACAACACAAAAAAUGGUGUAGUGACGACUCUCAGAUUAGAUCAAGUAGACAGUCAUAGACAGGCCAGAUAAGGUAGAUGCAGGUCUGGACCCAGAGCCCAGGAGCUCGGUUCCGUU